UAGAUUGUUACAAUUAUAUAUAUAUAAUAUAUAUAUUUAUUCAAAUGACUUCAAAUUACCACUUUUGUUGAUUAUUUUAUGCGAAAAUCACUAAUACAGCUGUUGUGGAAAAGUAGUAAAGUGUUUAAACGUUUAUAACAGGCAUUAAAAUAUACUACCAAAUAUAAUAUGAUGCAGUCUUUAACAAGUAACGGGGUAACUACUCCCCUUCGGUAUGGAUAUUGGAUAAAUAGACCUAUAGGUCUGUGCUAGUGUUUUAAAGCAAACUCUGUACAAUCGAAAUCUACAGACAAAUAAAUGCUUUUGUACAUGUCUUUAAAAUAUUAGUAAUCUUGCUCCACUGUAAAUGUCACCUCUAUGAAAGAGUAUUUAUUUCGUUUUCAUUGUAUACGAUACGAGUCGAUGUUGAAUAGUGAAACGUCACUAUUUCGCACAUUGUCGCUGGGAUCUCCCAGUCGUCCACCAACUGUUAAAUGCAGGCAAGCAUUCGCAAAUCAGAAACAGUCUUCAUUGACAAUUCACAACGUCAAGACUUUCCUUUUAGCUACAGUCGGCUUUGAACUUGGCGAAUAGAAUUUUAAAUUUUACUUGUAUAAUUUUGUCAGUGCUGGAAAUACUUGAAUGUAAUACAAACGGAAAUUUUCCAUUUAACGGUGAAUAAAAGAUUUUCGUCCGGCUUUGGUUAAUUUGGAGAAAAACUAUUUUAAAUAUAGAAAGGAAUGCAUUGCGGUUUUAGUGGUGUCACAAUAUAUUGAAUAACACAUCGUAGAGUAACGGAAUAUCCCAAAGCACUUAACUUGGAAAGUGUAUUGAGAACAUAUCAUACAAAACAACGAGCAUCAGAAGGAAAGGACAUUUCUCACGAAUUAACUGCAUUUCGUUCCAUCAAGCUGAUACAAAACACCAGUAAAAAUAAUACUUCUAAAACUGGUGCUGUUAACAACAUACCAGCGUCAUUACAAAAAAAAGGAAACUCGCGUUCAAAUCGUCGAAAAAGACGCAAUAAACAUCAGCAAAAUUCUGCAGAAUCAACUUGUUCACAACAAUCGAAAGAGCAUAUAGUAAUAGCUCACGAAAUGCCUGCCCGUUUUGCCGAAGACGUUAUAACCGACAAUGAGCGUAGUGUUCCUUUGAAUUUAGGUGGACACUACGACCAUCAUUCAGCUUUAAAUGACGAUAUCGUAAUAACUGGGUUUUCUGGCAGACUCCCUGAGAGCUCUAGCAUUGAGGAGUUUAAACGAAACCUCUAUGAUGGUGUGGAUUUGGUCAAUGAUGAUCCAAGACGUUGGGAACGAGGUCUUUAUGGUUUACCUGAUAGAAUCGGAAAAAUCAAAGCUGAAGAUUUGGAAGUUUUCGACCAACAAUUUUUCAGUGUCUCUGCAAAACAAGCUGAAUGCAUGGAUCCUCAAAUGCGUAUGUUGCUUGAAGCUACAUACGAAGCUAUUAUAGAUGCGGGUCUCAAUCCUGCAGAGUUACGUGGUUCUCGCACCGGAGUUUAUAUUGGCGUUUCUAAUUCUGAAACCGAGAAUCAUUGGUGUGCAAAUGCAGAUCGAGUAAAUGGAUACGGUUUGACAGGUUGUGCACGAGCAAUGUUUGCAAAUCGCAUUUCAUACACAUUUGAUUUCAAGGGUCCAAGUUUCGCAGUUGAUACGGCCUGCUCUAGUUCAUUAUAUGCACUAUCUCAUGCCUUUACGGAUAUGCGCGCUGGAAGAUGUGAUGCAGCCAUAGUCUGUGGUUCUAAUUUGAUUUUGAAACCAGAGAUGUCAUUGCAGUUUAAGCGGUUAAAUAUGUUAAGUGAUAGUGGUAUGUGCAAAGCUUUUGAUGCUACAGGAGCUGGUUACGUACGUUCCGAUGGAUUGGUAGUAUUGCUUUUACAAAGAACAUCAGUGGCAAAGCGAGUUUACGCAUCGAUUUUGAACGCUCGAACAAACACUGAUGGUUUUAAGGAACAGGGUAUCACUUUUCCUGACGGACGUAUGCAAAAUCGCUUAAUUCGUGAAAGCUAUGAGGAAAUUAACUUGGAUCCUAAUGAAGUCAUAUAUGUUGAAGCGCAUGGUACUGGUACCAAGGUUGGAGAUCCACAGGAAGUUAAUUCGAUUACAGAUUUUUUUUGCAAAAAUCGUCCAACUCCAUUAUUAAUUGGUUCUGUAAAAUCGAAUAUGGGACACUCAGAACCCGCCUCAGGUGUUUGCUCAAUUGCUAAAAUUUUAAUUGCUAUGGAAGAAGGCGUAAUUCCUGCAAACUUACAUUAUAGUGAACCGAACCCUGAUUUAUACGGUUUGAGCGACGAACGACUGAAGGUAGUCGACAAAAAUCUUCCCUGGAACGGUGGCAUUAUUGGACUUAAUUCUUUUGGUUUUGGGGGAGCUAAUGCGCACAUUAUUCUCAAAUCAAAUCCGAAACCAAAAACUAUUACUCCUCGGGAUGGUCCACCAAAACUGGUUAUAUGUUCCGGUCGAACAAUGGACGCUGUUCAAGACCUGCUUGAAGACGCUGCCACACAUCGUGACGAUGAUGAGUAUUUAGCUCUAAUCAACGGCAUACAUACUAAGCCUAUCUCGCUUCAUUAUUAUCGUGGAUAUGAUGUGCUAACCUCUAAGGGUUCUGUGCAGCGGGAAAUAGUAGAGUGUUCUGAUGAAAACCGUCCUAUUUGGUUUGUCUAUUCUGGUAUGGGCAGUCAAUGGGGAAGUAUGGCUAAAGAUCUCCUCCAAUUUGAUGUGUUCAAUAAAUCAAUUCAUCGGUGUGCAGAAAUUUUGCGUCCUGAAGGCAUUGAUCUACUGGAAAUUCUAACACGUUCUACUGACGAAAAAUUUGCAGACAUCGUUAGUUCAUUUGUUUCAAUUACGACUAUGCAAGUUGCUCUCACCGAUUUGUUAUCUUCACUUGGUAUCCACUCCGCCGGUAUUGUUGGUCAUUCCGUUGGUGAGCUUGGUUGUGCAUAUGCAGAUGGUGCUUUGAGCGCUGAACAAGCUGUUUUGGCUACAUAUUAUCGAGGACGCGCAAUUACAGAAUCAAAUUUACCCAAAGGUAAGAUGGCUGCCGUAGGACUAGCCUGGGAUGAUGCUCACAAACGUGUACCAUCUGAUUGCUAUCCAGUUUGCCACAAUAAUCAAGAUAAUUGUACGAUUGCUGGUCCGGGCGACUCCAUUGAUACGCUAGUAGCACAACUAAACUCUGAAGGAGUAUUCGCCAAGGCUGUUAGUUCAUCUGGUUUCGCCUUUCAUAGUAAAUAUAUUGCUGGCGCAGCACCAAAACUAAGGCAAAUGUUGGAGAAAAUUAUUCCAACGGCUAAAAAUCGCUCUCCACGUUGGGUAAGCAGUAGUAUCCCAGAAAGUGCUUGGAACACGCCUGUAGCCAAGCAGUCAUCAGCAGCUUAUCAUGUAAACAAUAUGCUUUCACCUGUCCUUUUCUACGAAGCUCUACUGCAUAUUCCAGCAAACGCCGUUUGCAUUGAGAUAGCACCUCAUGGCUUAUUGCAAGCCAUCCUCAAGCGAGCUCUUGGUCGUGACGUUUUAAAUAUUAGUCUUGUAAAACGAGGUCAUCCGAAUAAUGCGGAAUUCCUUUUGACCAAUAUUGGCAAAUUAUAUGCAGCUGGGGGGCAACCACAGAUACAAAAUUUAGUACGGCCGAUUUCCUACCCUGUUGGGCGUGGAACCCCUAUGUUGAAUUCAAAAAUCGGAUGGGAUCAUUCUCAGAGAUGGGUAGUGCCAAAAUAUGGAGCUGCGAAAUCUUCAGGCGAUACAGUUAUCGAAAUUGAUUUGUCAAGUGAUGACGAUUCAUUCAUUGUGGGUCAUACAAUUGACGGGCGUAUCUUGUUCCCUGCCACUGGUUAUAUGACUUUAGCUUGGAUGACAUUCGCAAAAAUGCGUGGUGUCGAAUUCAAUAAGACAUCUGUAGUUAUGGAGGAUUUGAUAUUCCAUCGUGCAACUAUUCUAAACAAAGAAAAUGUUACUAAAUUUGGCAUUAACUUUUUCGAUGGCACUGGAGCUUUUGAAAUUUGUGAAGGCGGCAGCUUAGCCAUGUCGGGAAAAAUUAAAAUCGUCGAUAAUAUUACUUUGGAAGAAUUGCCUUUGAAAUCACUCUCCCCUCAGUCUGUUGCCAGAGAAUUGGUAGCAAAUGACGUGUACAAGGAAUUGCGUCUGCGUGGCUAUGAUUACGGAGGUAUUUUCCGUGGAAUUAUCUCAUCAGAUAUCUCUUCUCGUACUGGUAAAUUACAAUGGGUGGAUAACUGGAUUAGUUUCAUGGAUACAAUGUUGCAGUUCAGUAUUUUGAGUAAGGAUUUGCGUGAACUUUACCUACCUACUCGUAUUGAAAAAGCAGUAAUUAAUCCAGCCAAACAUAUAGAGAUUUUAUCACAAUUAUCAGAAGAAGAUCUUAUAAAAGUUGGCGUACCUGUCUAUAUGUACAGCGACAUUAAUGUCAUAAAAAGUGGAGGAGUUGAGUUCCGUGGGCUGAAAGCUUCAUUAGCACAGAAACGACCAAAUGCGCAAAAACCUCCAACAUUAGAGCGCUACACAUUUGUUGAGAAUUCCGGAAACGCUGGGGCUCAUGCUCUUUCUGUAGCUUUGCAAAUUGUCAUUGAAAAUGCGGAACGUUCUUUUAAAAUCAAGGGAGUGGAACUCGCAAAUGGACGCAGUCCCGACUCUUUGGUGGCUGGAAAGCUAGUGCAGUUGAUUGAAGGGGAACCUGCUGUUGCUGCUGAUGUAGCUGUGGCCACUGCAAGCAAGGAUGAGGACAGCAUUAAAACAGCUUUCAGUGAUUUUGGUAUUCGAGUGAUUUCGAAAAAUGUGACCAAGGAACCAGUUGAGCAAAACUGUAACUUCUUAUUUGGUAGUGACGUACUAUCCCGCCCUGAUACUGCGGUAUUGGAGAAUAGUAUUGCAAGUAUCAAAGAAAAUGGAUUUCUAAUUUUUGACGAAAACGUGAAUUCUUACAAGAAAUCUGGGUCGGAGUUAUUGACCAAAUAUGGUUUUGUUGUCGUUCAAGAAUUAUCCAAAAGUGAUUCUAGGAUUCUUAUAGUAUCAAGGCGUGCCAUAGAUUUGCACAAACGAAAAUCAGAAAUUAUUAAUGUAACGGACAAAAACUUUGGUUGGUUAGAGAAAUUGAAACUUGCACUUUCGAACGCAGCAGAAGAUGAGAAGUAUAUAUAUAUUGUCAGCCAAGGGGAAGAACUUUUUGGAGCUGUUGGCUUAACAACAUGUGUCACUUACGAAAAUGGUGGUAAAUAUGUUAGAACCGUCUUCAUUCAAGAUGCUAACGCCGAAAAGUUCUCUUUGACUUCUCAAUUUUAUUACGAACAACUACGUAAAGAUUUAACUUCAAAUGUACUUAAACAUGGUAACUGGGGUACAUUCCGACAUUUGAAAUUGGAAAAAGAACUUGCAACAUUGCAGGUGGAACACGCUUAUGUAAAUGCGCUUGUAAAAGGUGAUCUCGCAUCAUUAAAAUGGAUCGAGGCGUCGACUUCUCAAAAUGUGAAAAAUGAAAGCUUGGAGCUGUGCUCUGUUUAUUAUGCCCCAUUAAACUUCCGGGAUGUUAUGUUAAGCUCGGGAAAAUUAUCCGCUGAUGCUCUUCCUGGUGAUUUGGCACAACAGGAUUGUGUGCUCGGUCUUGAAUUUUCCGGAAGGGAUUCUUUCGGUAGACGAAUUAUGGCAAUGGUACCUGCAAAAUCUUUAGCAACCACAUGUUUGGCUAGUAAGAAUAUGAUGUGGGAAGUCCCCUCAAACUGGACCAUGGAAGAAGCAUCUACUGUGCCGUGCGUAUAUUCUACAGUUUAUUAUGCGUUAAUUGUACGAGGAGAAAUGAAAAAGGGAGAAAAGAUAUUAAUACAUGCUGGUUCUGGUGGAGUAGGCCAAGCUGCUAUUUCGGUUGCGCUGCAUCAUGGUUUGACCGUUUUUACUACUGUAGGUAGUCAAGAAAAACGUGAUUUCUUGAAACAACGAUUCCCCAAGCUCGAAAAUCGUUUUAUUGGUAACUCACGUGAUACAUCUUUCGAACAAUUGAUUAUGAGGGAAACACAAGGCAAGGGUGUUGACUUAGUUCUUAAUUCACUUUCCGAAGAAAAAUUACAAGCUUCUGUCCGUUGUUUGGGUAUUAAUGGACGCUUUUUGGAAAUUGGAAAGUUCGAUCUUAGCAAUAAUAGCCCUCUUGGUAUGUCAGUAUUCCUGAGGAACACAUCAUUCCAUGGUAUUUUGUUGGACAGUGUAAUGGAGGGAGAAGAGGAAAUGCAGAACCGUGUUGUCUCCUUAGUUGCUGAAGGUAUUAUAAAUGGGGCAGUGCGUCCACUGCCCACAUCAGUCUUUAAUGAAUUGCAGGUAGAACAAGCUUUCCGUUUCAUGGCCUCUGGAAGACAUAUCGGCAAAGUCGUUAUAAAAGUUCGUGAUGAAGAACCUGGCAAACAGACAUUAAAACCAAGUUCACGACUAGUUAACGCAAUUCCACGUACCUAUAUGCAUCCAGAAAAGAGUUAUAUACUUGUAGGAGGAUUGGGAGGCUUUGGUUUGGAGCUCACUCAUUGGAUGGUUUUACGCGGAGCUAAAUAUAUUGUUUUAACUUCAAGAUCGGGUAUCAAAACCGGAUACCAGACGCUUAUGGUACGCCGAUGGGAGGACCGUGGAGUUAAAGUGGUUGUGGAUACUAAUGACGUUACAACUUCUGAAGGCUGCAAGAAAUUAUUGCAAAAUGCAAAAAAGCUAGCACUGGUUGGCGGAAUAUUUAAUUUGGCUGCUGUACUACGAGAUGCUCUAAUUGAAGAUCUAACUGCUGAAGACUACCAAACUGUUUGCAAACCCAAAAUUGAUGGUACAAAAUACCUGGAUUUGCACUCUCGUACACUUUGCCCUGAAUUGGACUAUUUUGUGUGUUUCUCUAGUGUUUCAUGCGGCCGUGGAAAUGUUGGUCAAUCCAAUUAUGGUUUGGCAAACUCCGCUAUGGAACGCAUCUGCGAAAAACGGCGAGCUAAUGGACUUCCUGGCUUAGCCAUACAAUGGGGAGCAAUAGGUGACACAGGACUAGUAUUAGAGGGAUUAGGAGAUAAUGAUACUAUUAUUGGAGGUACACUGCCACAACGUAUGAAUUCUUGUCUUCAAACAAUCGAUCUAUUCUUGCAACAACCACAUCCAGUCCUGGCCUCAAUGGUUGUGGCGGAGAAACGGAGUAAUGAUCCAUCUGGUGGUGUAAGUAUAGUAGCCGCCAUCGCCAACAUUUUGGGACUGCGGGAUGUAAAAAAUAUCCAAGAUUCUGCGUCGCUCGCUGAUCUCGGCAUGGAUUCAUUGAUGAGUUCUGAAAUUAAACAGACCUUAGAACGUUGCUUCGAUAUAGUACUAUCACCGCAAGAAAUUCGAGCAUUAACGUUCGGAGAAUUAAAACAACUGGAUGGUGGCGUUGGCGAAAGGUCUGCUUCAGCAGCUAGCUCAGCUGAAGCUCGCUCACCAACACCUAUUGGUGAUGGAACGCAAGUAGUUUUUGUAACAGAACUAAUGCCGUCUGAGGCUAUUAUCCGCCUAAAAUCAGCUGCACCAUCAAACUCAACGAAAAGGCCAAUUUUCUUUGUUUCUCCUAUUGAAGGUUUUGUGGACGCCUUGAAGGAAGUGGCAGAACGUAUGGAUUGCCCCGUCUAUGGACUGCAAUGCACAGCUGAUGCGGAACAGGAUUCUAUUGAAUCCUUGGCGAAAUUUUAUAUAAAACAUAUACGUAAAGUCCAACCUAAAGGUCCAUAUUCAAUUGCUGGGUAUUCAUUUGGCGCAACCGUUGCUUUUGCUAUGGCUGUUGAGCUGGAGCAGAACAAAGAAGAAAUCAAAUUAGUGUUAAUAGAUGGUGCACCUAAGUAUGUAAACUGGUACACAAAAGCCUUCAAGAAGCGUUAUAAUACAUCCGAUGAUGAGGAUCAGAAUCAAGCGUUUGCUUUGGCAUAUUUUGGCGUUGUUGCAGCUAACACCGGUUAUAGUAUGGCAAAACUACUCGUGGAUAUUCCAACGUUUGAAGGCAAAGUGGAGAAGUGUGCGGAAAUUGUAGCGGACGAAAUUGAUAAGCCAAUUGAAUUGGUAAAAGCGGCAGCCGCCUCGUUUUACUACAAACUGGCUGCAUCUGAUAAAUAUUCUGUAACGCAUAAUUUGCAAUGUGACGUAACAUUGAUUAAGCCAACUGAAAAUUAUUCAAAGUUGGAAAUUGAUUAUGGCUUAAAUGAAGCAUGCGAUGGCAAAGUUGAUGUUCUAAUUGUAGAAGGUAACCAUCGUACCAUUUUGCUGGAUGAAGAACCGUUGCAAACAAUCGAGGCAUCGUUGAAGCGUCUCUUGAAUUAGUAGAUUAAAACAAUAGCCAACACUUUUAUUAUAACUAUGCCACUAUGCUUAUUUUAGACAUUUUAUAGGUCAUUCACUAAAUGUUAAACUAUUUUCCUUCGCAACUUAUUAGUAAUUAAAACUUUAGUCAAAUCUUAAUGAAUUGCUUUUGGUAAUUACACAGACUCAAAUACACUGAAGGCAUGUAAAAAUCAUAAAUUAUAAUACAUUUUCUAGUAAUAUUGAUAUUAGCAAGCCUUCACAUACAUAUACAUAUAUGUACAUGCGGGAGCGUAAAAAUGAAUAAAAGCAUAAUGACUACAUAUAGUUUUAAAAAAGCUAAUGAAGAUGUAAACUAUGUAUGUACUUGGAUAUUUUUGCAUUUUGUUAGUCUCGAAUGAAGUAACAUAGUUAAAUAAAAUUGUAAUUUAUAAACAUAUGUUUGUAGGAACAUUACUCUCUUAUUUACUCAUGAUAUACAUUAAUAUUUGAUAAGAUAUAUGCAAUUUAGUUCUGAAACAUUCCUUAAACUAAUGCUAUUUAAUAAUUUUCUUAUAAUAUGUAAAUAUAAUUUGGCGACAAUAACAUAUAUGCACUUUAAUAUUACAUAAGAAAA